AUGAAGUACAUCCAAACUGAACAAAUCUUGGAAAUCCCAGAAGGUGUUACCGUCCAAAUCAAGGCUAGAAAAGUCAAGGUCACUGGUCCAAGAGGUACUUUGUCCAAGGACUUGACCCACAUCGAUGUUUCCUUUGCUAAGAUUAGCAACAAGGCCAUCAAGGUUAUUGUCCACAACGGUGACAGAAAGCACGUUGCUGUUUUGAGAACCGUCAAGUCUUUGAUUUCUAACUUGAUCAUUGGUGUUACCAAGGGUUUCAAGUACAAGAUGAGAUGUGUCUCUGCGCAUUUCCCUAUCACUGUCAAUGUUACUGAAAACGACGGUAAGAAGGUUGUUGAAAUCAGAAACUUCUUGGGUGAAAGAAGAGUCAGAAUUGUCAAGGUUUUCGAAGGUGUUACCAUUUCUGAAAACCCAGCUUUGAAGGGUGAAUUGAUUUUGGAAGGUAACUCUUUGGAAGCUGUUUCCCAAAACGCUGCUGACAUCCAACAAAUCUGUAACGUUAGAAACAAGGAUAUCAGAAAGUUCUUGGAUGGUAUCUAUGUCUCUGAAAAGGGUAACAUUGUUGAAGACAUCUAA